AUGUGUUUCGUGUGGGUAUUCCAUGACGUCGAACAGUGCACACAAGACUCAGCCGGCACCGGAGCCGAGCGUCAGCGAAAAGACCCGAUGCAGCAGACGACACGGAAAACAGCAUGUUCGGCAAAUAGUGGCCUGAUGCUAGUAGCCUAUGUCCCUAUGUGGUCUAUUGUUUUAUGUUGCAAACAGUUCAACCAUGAGCGCAAUGUAAUGUACCGCGAAAGAAAGGAACAUGGAUUAGAAAAUAGUUUUAUGAAAGUGAAAUGCCCGUUGUCCGUUAUUUCAGUUCUUUCGAAGAAAAACGAUUAUGAUCACUUGCCAAUGAAACAUGCUGUGUCGAUAGCAUCUGAAGAGACUGAAUUUUCAUCUUUCCAGGAAUUCAGUGAGUGGAAGAAGCAGAGUGAGAGGGAAACGUUCUCACUUUACGUCAAAAAGUGUGGGUCAUAUCGUACUUCGGACACUGUCGCUGGGCAUUCCUUAGUAUGCCAUCGUUCAGGACAAUAUGUAUCUAAGAGUAAAGGUAUUCCCCGCAUGAGAAUCCAAGGAACUAACAAAAUAGGAUGUGUACAUCCUUCGAGCAUUGAAAUAACCGAAGCUGGAGAUGGUAGCUGCAAAGUAAAAUACGUCGUUACUCAUGUGGGUCAUCAAAAUGGUGUUAGACAUUUAGAUUUGACAGAAGAAGAAAGAAAGACGUUAGCCGUUGACGUCGCAAACAAGGUACCAUUGCAAGCGAUACCCGACAAAGUAAGAGACACUUUAUCUGAUUCCAUGCUAGAGCGUAUCCAUCUACUGACCGAAAAAAAUUUAUUCAAGAUUGAGCAGUGUAAUAAUUUACGUUCCGAGGUCAUGAGACAUAAAGACGAUGACAUCGGCGUAGAAGCGUGGGUAAACGAAAUCAGUGCCAAUGAUAAUCCCUGUGUUUUAUUCUGCAAACCACAAGAUACAAGCAGCCAAAGUCAACCUCUCCUGAGAAGUGAAGACUUUGUCCUCAUCAUUAUGAACAAUGCCCAAUGUGAAAUUCUGAAGAAGGUCGGCAGUGACAGUGUUUGCAUCGAUGGAACUCAUGGAUCGUCUGACCAGGAUGUGCUUUCAUUAUUUUUCAAUGAAAUGAAAACUAAAGUAGGAAAAGUACGUCCUCAAGUGUUCAUGUCAGAUUUAGCUGAGUCUUUUUAA